AUGAAGGGCACCGCUGUCGCGACUGCCCUCGCUCUUGGUGCCUCCACGGCCCUCGCUGCGCCUUCGUCGACCAUCAAGGCCCGUGAUGAUGUGACCGCUAUCACCGUCAAGGGCAAUGCCUUCUUCAAGGGCGAUGACCGCUUCUACAUCCGUGGUGUCGACUACCAGCCGGGUGGUUCCUCCAAACUCGCGGACCCCAUUGCCGAUGCCGAUGGCUGCAAGCGUGAUAUCGAGAAGUUCAAGGAGCUCGGCCUGAACACCAUCCGUGUCUACUCGGUGGACAACUCCAAGGACCACGACGAGUGCAUGAACGCUCUGGCGGAUGCUGGCAUCUACCUUGUGCUGGAUGUCAACACCCCCAAGUACUCGCUCAACCGUGCCGACCCCGCCCCGUCGUACAACGAUGUGUACCUGCAGUACAUCUUCGCCACGGUCGACAAGUUCGCCAGCUACAAGAACACCCUGGCUUUCUUCUCGGGUAACGAGGUCAUCAACGAUGGUCCCUCCUCCAAGGCUGCUCCUUAUGUCAAGGCGGUGACGCGUGAUCUCCGCCAGUACAUCCGCAGCCGCAACUACCGUGAGAUCCCGGUCGGAUACUCUGCCGCCGAUAUUGAUACCAACCGUCUUCAGAUGGCCGAGUACAUGAACUGCGGUACUGACGAUGAGCGCAGCGACUUCUUCGCCUUCAACGACUACUCCUGGUGCGACCCCUCCUCUUUCACCACCUCCGGCUGGGACCAGAAGGUGAAGAACUUCACCGGAUACGGCUUGCCCCUGUUCCUGUCCGAGUAUGGCUGCAACACCAACAAGCGUGAGUUCGAGGAGGUCAGCGCUCUGUACGACACCAAGAUGACCGGCGUGUACUCUGGCGGCUUGGUCUACGAGUACUCCCAGGAGUCCAGCAACUAUGGUCUGGUGGAGAUCAACGGCGACAGCGUGAAGACCCUGUCUGACUACGAUGCGUUGAAGUCGGCCUACUCCAAGACCAGCAACCCCGAGGGUGACGGCGGCUACAACAAGACCGGUGGUGCCAACCCCUGCCCGGCCAAGGACUCCCCCAACUGGGACGUUGAUGGAGACUCGCUGCCCGCCAUCCCCGAACCCGCGAAGAAGUACAUGACCGAGGGCGCUGGCAAGGGCGCUGGAUUCUCCGGCUCUGGUAGCAUGAACGCCGGCACUGCGUCCACCAGCACAGCGACCCCCGGCUCGGGCUCGGCCAGCUCGUCGAGCUCCAGCUCCGGCUCCAGCGGCACCUCGACGAGCUCCACGGGCGCUGCUGCUGGCCUGCAGGUUCCCGGCUUCGCCAUGGCCCCUGUGAUGGUGGGACUGGUGACGGUGCUGUCCACCGUGUUUGGUGCCGGACUCGUCCUGUUGUAA